AAACUCAGAGAGCCUUCCCCAAAAAGGCAGCGUGCCACAGAACACCAUGGGUAGUGACCACAAGGGUGCUGGUCCAUGGCACAGGGUGCUGCUCCAUGGUGUGGGGGGCUGCUCCAUGACAGGGUGCUGCUCCACGGUGUGGGGUGUUGCUCUGUGAUCUGGGGUGCUGCUCUACGGCACAGGCUGCUGCUCCAUGACAUGGGAUGUUGGUCCACGGCACAGGGAGAUGCUCCAUGGUGCAGUGUGUUGGUCCAUGACAUGGCAUGCUGCUUUAUGCUGUGGGGUGCUGCUCUUCUGCACAGGGUGCUCCUCCAUGACAUGGGAUGCUGGUCCACAGCACAGGGCGCUGCCCUACGACACAAGGCACUGUCCCAUGGUGUGAGGCACUGGUCCAUGGCAUGGGGUGCUGCUCCACGGUGUGGGUUGGUGCUAUGUGGUGAGGUGCUGCUCUAUGGCACAGGGUACUGCUCCAUGACAUGGGAUGCUGGUCCAUGGCACGGGAUGCUGCUCUGUGACACAAGGCGCUGCCUCAUGACGUGAGGCACUGCUCCAUGACACAGCUCCAUGUUGCUCCAUGAAGAGCCCAGCCGGAGGCCCCAGCGCUGAGCCCCAGGAGUGUUGCUGAGUCACAGGACCACAGAAUGGUUGGACAGAAAGCACCUCCAAGACCACCCGGUUCCAAUCCCUGCUGCAACAAGGCUGGCAGCCCCGAACCCGGGUGCAGCUCAGCUUUCUGAGCAGCCGCAGCCCGCGGGCAAAGGGCGUCCGGGCUGCGGCGCGGACAGCGCUGCCAGCAGGGGGAGGUGGGGAUCGCAGAAUAAGCGAAUGUUUGGGUUGGAACAGAGCGAAGGGCCCUUCCUACAGCAGAGACGUACUCGUGUCCCUGCCCCUCAGCGGGUCCCCUCAGCCUUCCACUGUCUCCUCAGCGUGUCCCCUCAGUACGUCCCUCUGUCCUGAGGGCAGCCCUCAGGAUGCCCCUCAAGGGAUUCUCUCAGUCCCUCAGUGCGUCCCCUCAGUGUAAGCCUUCACUUUGCCCCUCUGUCCUCAGCGUGUCCCUCAGUGCAUCCCCUCAGUCCCUCACAGCGCCUCUCAGCGCGCCCCCUCCGCGCGCCCACCAGGACAACAUGGCGGAGGUGUGGGGGGGCUGGCAGCGAGAAGGCGGCCCCUCCCGGCGCAUGCGCGGCUCUGGUCGCUCCCCCCACUCACUACGCGCGCACACACAGCCGCCAUGCUGCAGGAGUUGAACGAGCUGCUGGACGCCGCCCCGCAGCGCCCGGACACGGGUAAAUUCACACUGCUGCGAGACAGCAGAACGGAUGGCAGCUUCUUGGUGCACCACUUCCUCUCCUUCUACCUCAGAGCUGGCUGUAAGGUUUGCUUCCUGGCCCUGGUCCAGUCCUUCAGUCACUAUAACAUUGUAGCACAGAAGCUGGGGAUCAGUCUAACAGCUGCCAAGGAACAGGGGCAGCUUGUCUUUUUGGAAGGCCUCAAGUCCUGCCUUGACCUCGUGUUUGGGGAGGAGGAGCGGUCAGGACAGCCCAGUCCUCUUCAAUUUAUAAGUGGGAGCGUUUCCAACCUCAAGGACCUGUUUCACUUUGUCCGGACGUCCCUGACGCCCACUGACAGCGACUGCUGGAAGGGCCGGGUGCUGCUGGUGGAUGACCUCAGCGUGCUGCUCAGCCUGGGUGCUGCGCCAGUGGACGUGCUGGACUUCAUCCACUACUGCAGAAUGGUGGUGUGCUCUCAGCUCAAGGUACUGCUCCCUCUGCACACAGAAGCAAAGCCUGGCUUUCUCUUUGUUCCCCUGUGCACAGUAGAAGUGCAGAAGGCUUUGUCUCUGCGGGAAGUUCAGACCUUCGCUCCAUGGCCCUUCCUGGGGAGUUGCAUGAGUCCCCGGGGUACCUUUGCAACUGGUUUCCAGGAGGUGCUGUGCAGAGCAGGGCUCUGGGGUGGAACGCACUGCUUUUUUCAAGCUGUGGCACUUCAGAGAUGUCUGCUCACAGCCGUGUUUGUGUGCAUGCAGGAGGAAACAUUUCUAAGGUGACAAGGGGCUGACGAGCUGGGGACGUAGCUGAAGGUCUGCUCGGCUCCUGGGGUGGAGGGGACGUGGCUCUCUGCUUCCAGCAGUUUUGCACCAGCUGCUUUCUGAGGGCAUGUGACGAUGUGGCAAUUCUACAACAAUCUCCCUGGCGAUGCGCUCGUCCUGGAAGCAUCACAGCCAAAAAUCAUUAAUCACAUCCAUCCUUUGCUGUUUACACUGCAGCAUCCACCACCUCAGCCACUUCUCUCUUUGCUUGAGUGAGAAAUAAAGUAGAUGGUGUCAGGUUUUGUUACCCUGCGCUUCACAUGUUGCUGGGGUGUUUGAGCUGUAAAUGCUGACAGGGGAUGUUCUGCUUGCUGGGAAUACUUACCAUCAAAGCAGCUGGAAAAAAGGAAAAAAAAGGUAAAUUUUGCUAACAGGUUUCUAUUUCUGUCCAAGAUGUUCUGAAGCUUUAAAGUACAUUUUACUUGUUUGAGAAUUGGAUGUUAUUUUAAGUCCACAGUGAGCUGCCUGUGCUGAGGCAGAGGCUCCUGGGAUAUGGUUAAUGGUGGUGGUGUUGCACUGGGGAGCUCUUCAGGAGCUGAGAAGGUUUGGAAGCACAGCUCUGGCUGCAGCCGCUCAGCUGUGUCUUUAUUUAGCUGUUCUGAAUUCAUCCAGAGAGCUGCUGUUUGCAUGGCCUGACAGACAGGUUUAGCUAGAUAGCUUGUAACAAAGGCUGCAUGUAUUUUUAGUCUAGAUACGUCUGCAGAUACUACAGAUGUGUGUGUUUGUGUGUAUACAGAUCUGUACACAUGCACACACCAAGCUAUUUCAGAGAUGUGUGUAUGUCUUCAAGAAGGCCAGGUGCAAGGUGCUGCCCUUGGGUCAGGGCAGUCCCAGAUAUAAGUAUGGAUGGGAGAAGAACUCAGAGCAGCUCUGUAGAGAAGGACUUGGGGGUUCUGGUGGUACAAAGCUCAACACGAGGCAGCAGUGUGUGCUCACAGCCCAGAGUGCCAACAGUGUCCUGGGCUGCAUCAGCAGAGGGGUGGCAGUGGGCAGGGAGGGGAUUGGCCUCUGCUCUGCCCUCAUGGGACCCCAUCUGCGUGCAGAGCUGGGACCCCAACCCAGAAAGAUGCAGAGCUGUUGGAGAGGGUCCAAAGGAGGCCACGAGGAUGCUCAGAGAAUGAGCAUCUCCCCUAUAAAGACAGGCUGGGGGUGUUCAGCCUGGGGAAGAGCAGGCUCGAGGGAGGACCUCACUGCGGCCUUCCAGUGCUUAAAGGGAGCUUAUGAACAGAAGAGAGAGAGACUUUUUACAUGGGCAGAUAGGGAUAAGAAAGGGGAAAUGGCUUUAAACUAAAAGAAGGGAGAUUUAGAUUAGAUGUGAGGGGUAAACUACUCAGGGAGCAGUGAGGCCCUGCCACUGCUGCCCAGGGAAGUGUGGGUGUCCCAUCCCUGGAGGUGCCUGAGGCCUUGGCUGGGCCCUGAGCAGCCUGAGAUGGGAAGGGCAGCCCACUGCAGAGCUGGAAAAGGAUGGGCUUUAAGGUCCCUUCUAACCAAAGUCGUUCUGUGAUUCUGUGAUACAUGCCUCAUGUUGAUUUUCCCAGUGGGUUUCGGUUGAGCACCGGCUGGCAUGCUGGCAGAUGUUUGAGUGGCUUUACUGGCAGGGCACUUGGACACAAGCUCCUGUUGCUCCCUGCCUGGCCUCACCUGGAGUGACUUGGAGCCAACGAGAGGCUCAGCACUGCCAGCUGUUGUCAUUGCAGGGGAACAUUGUGGUGCUGGUUCACGGCAGCGAGGAUUCAGAGGAUGAGGAGAACAAGCUGGUGGUGACCUCCCUGUGUCAUCACAGCAACCUGAUCCUGUGGGUGGAGGGGC